AUGAUGGAGGCGGAGAGCUGCCGGCGGCGGCCGCUCAGGCUGCUCCUCCUGCUCGGCUUCAUGGCCCUCCGCAGCUCGGCCAUUGAGACCGUGAACGUGGUAGACUUCUGUGGCCAGACGAUCCGGGGCGACGGCAUGAUCGUCAACUCGCACCAGGAAUCCAAGAAAUACUACUUUGUGACCAUGGCGACCGACUGCCACCUCACCAUGCAGGCCAGCUCUGCUAAGGACAAGGUUCAGUUCCACUUCCGCUUCUUCCUGGUCUACAGUCUGCUCCGAGUGGCCCCUCUGAGCCCGGCCCCUCUCUUUCCAGAGUCCCCCCGUGGCUCCGCCCCUCUCAAUCCCAGACUGGAGCCCACCUCUGGUGAGAGCUCGGGGGACCCGUGUCACGCCGGUUCAUACGUUCAGUUCUAUGAUGGACGGGACAGGAACUCGCCUCCCCUCGGGCCCCCUCUUUGUGGGAAGAGCCCGCCCCGGCCAGUGUUGUCCACAGGGAACUACCUGACCCUGAAACUGGUGACCCGGGGGACUCAGCCCCGAGUCGACUUUGUUGGGGACUUCACGUCCUUCAGACUGGGUCCCAAUGAACCCUAUUUCACCUGCAGAAAUGGGAAGUGCAUCCCUCUCAGUCUGGUGUGUGACGAUAAAGGCAUUGACAACUGUGGGGAUGGAAGUGACCUAGAGGAAAACCUGACCACGGGUUGUAAAGCAGGUCAGCUUUUACCUCCUGAAACUCCACCGCCAAUAGCAACCCCACCCCCACCUUUUGUGAAUCCACCCACAUUGCCAAUUCCUACUCAUCUCAAUUGUGGCGUGCCAGACAGCGCUCCCAGUCAUGAGUCUGUAACAGACUCCCCUGCCUCCAUGUCCCUGCUGGUUCUCUACAUCAUCCUGGGUGUGGUGGCCGGCGGCGUGGUGCUCUGCUGGUGCUGCUGGUCGCCCGGCUGGUUCCUUUGGCGCGUCAGCGUCUGCCGCUUCCUGCCCUGCUGCAACUCGGCCUGCGCCUCCUGCCAACUCUGCGCCCGCAGCUGCACCCACAGCAAGGAGCACCGACUGGCAAAGGUCACCCCACACACACCAGCUAACAGGGCCCCAACAGGCAUGGCGCCCAGCGCCAACGGUGCUGAGGAAAAUGUUACCGCGGCGGCUGUUUAGAGCGGCAGGACCGUCCACUUGAUUUUGUUUUUCCAUACAGAGACUUGUGCGGAUACUGAGCUGUGAUCAGUGGUGGACAUGAACAGUUACUGCACUAGUCAGCGCAACAUGACCAAGAUCUUUGUAGUGAAGGUCGGACCGAUGUGGUAAAAUGUGGUUUGUGUGCUUUAAAUGUGAUGAUGAUGCUGUGUUUUUGUUGUUAUGAGAAGGUGAAGCAGGGUACUGUAUGACUGCGGAUUGUGUAAAAAGUAUGAAUGUAUCUAGAAAAGAUAGGAUUAGAAAUACUAAAGAAACCUUUUUGUUUACAGCACAUUUUGCCCAAGCGAUCUCUUACUUGGCUGGUUUUCAUAAAACAAAAUGAAGAGUGUUCAGUUUUUAGUCAUAUGUUUGUUUGUAUAUAAACGUACUUUUCUGCUUUGCCUCAGAGGAAACAAUUUAGUCCCACAGUGAAAACACACUUCCAGUCCACAGCUUUGACCCAAAGUGUGCCACGGACACACGCUGAGGACACAGCCGCAGAACUUCAAAGUCAACAACAACAGCUGUUCUCCGCUGGAGAAAUUUCUCCAAACUUUCCACUCUCCUCCCAGCAGUCUGCUGUUGUUCCACAUAGAAGCAAAUGUGGACUUUGGAUAAUAGAGCACAAAGUCGCCCAGUGUAUCUUUGUAGGUAAAGAACUUUAAGUUGAACAUCUAACAUGCUAUUGUAUGGACAAAAUAAACAUAUAGCAAACUUGAACAGAGACUCUUCCUAAUUAACCAACUGAAA